AUGAAUAACUCUAUCUAUAGGCAAAACCUCACAAUUCAGUACUGCUUUCCUGGUAACAAUGCUUCUUGCAGAAAGGAGGUCCGAACAGGCCCUGUGAAUGUAUUUUUGAUCAUUUUUCUCUCAUGUGUUUCUGUGUGCACUGUGUUUCUGAACCUGUUGGUGAUCAUCUCCAUCUCUCACUUCAAGCAACUUCGCACUCCCACCAACCUGCUCAUCCUCUCUCUGGCUGUGGCGGAUCUUCUCGUGGGACUUUUUGUUAUGCCUGUGAAUAUCAUGCAAAUAAGAGACUCCUGUUGGUAUCUUGGAAAACUGGCAUGUUCUAUUUAUCCAUUAAUCAAUGGGGUCUCCUCAUCAGCAUCUCUCUGUAGCCUGAUCUUCAUUGCAGUUGAUCGAUAUAUUGCUAUCUGUGACCCUCUACUUUAUUACACUAAAACCACGGUUUAUACAACCACAUUGUUCAUAGUUCUAGGAUGGUCUUUUGCCUUAUUCUAUGUCAUCAUAUCUUUGCACUUCAAUGAUAAUUUCCUUCAGUCUCAGACAUCCACUCAGUGUCAGGGAGAGUGUGUACUGGUCAUUAGAUAUUCCUGGAUGAUCACCGACCUAGUGGUUUCAUUUAUAACUCCUUGUUCUAUUAUACUGGUCUUGUAUUCGAUCAUUUUUCAUGUGGCAAGACGUCAAGCGAAAGCUGUUCGAGCUGUGAGGAAUGGUAACUCAAAGAAACCUAGAACUAAAGCUUCAAGCUCUUCUGAAGCCAAAGCAGCAAAAAAAUUAGGCACUUUAAUUUUCGUUUAUCUUGCUUGCUGGAUACCUUACUAUUUAAGUUCUCUGACAGUUGAAAGUUUGACCUCUCUGUCAAUGGUGUGGACUGUGUUUACCUGGCUAAUAUACAUGAACUCUUCUGUCAACCCUCUAAUGUAUGCCAUUUUCUAUCCAUGGUUCAGAGCAUCAGCCAAGUGCAUUUUAACUGGUAGAAUGUUUCAGUCCUCUUUGGAUCAUGUAUAG